AUGUCUCUGGGAAACUCUCCUGAUUGUCUAUUUCGACCAGAAGAUGAAGUCCUCAAGAUGUUAUUUCCCACAUCUAUCGAAGAGAGCAAUUCGCUCGACGACGUUUUCAACGAAGAUAUGUACAGGCUCGACGGCAGCGACGAGGAGAAUAAAGAGCAGUUCGAAGAGCUUUUCGGCAGUGAUACCGUCCCCAAGGAUCAGUUCCACUUGCCUUCGCUCGAUGCAUCCGCGAAAAACAGCCAUUCACCACCACAACCCUGGCGGCAGGGCGUGUGGUGCUUGAAGCAAAGACAGCAGUCUGCUGGGCUUGCCGUGGAAAAGACGCGCAAACCAGAAACAAAGCUUAUCGAACCCAUCCAAACAAUGAAUACCGUCAACCAUCAAAUUCAGACCACACCAAUUCCAGUGUCACCACUCGAGUUCACCUCAUUCAGCCGAACAAAGCGAUUUGCGACGCCAUCGACCACCGGUGGAUUUCCGGAAAUGAGGACGUCUGUCAUGGCUCGAAAUCAAAGAAUCGGUAUUCCUGCGUCGGGGUGUCAAGAUGACAAUGUGGAUACGGACUACUCCUCCGCCAUUGACCCUCUGCUCCUCAAUUCGCAUGGACAGGGACAUCAAGACACCAUGCUGAAUUACAGCCAAGAUUCACUCUUGUCGCAACAUCAGCAGAGCGCCCAUGGGCAAGCAACCGUGCCCUCUCCUCCUAGCGGAAAUCCGCCAUCUUCAAGCAGCUCGAACCAUUCGCGGGAUGUAAGAACUCAUACUUCCGAUACCAACAGGGACAUACAUUCCCAAGCCCUGUAUUCACUGCCCACGAUGAACCGUCAUCCUCCUCUUCCAACAUUGGCACCAGAAGAAACAUAUCCUGCCUUAGCCGCGCCCACUCCACAACGAAUGCCGCACCAAAUACUGCAUCAGCCAAUGGAUCCUAGAUUGUCGAGGUUGGGGAUUCGAUAUCCCGAAUCGGAGCAGAUGAGUCAGGCAGUCUUGUUCGAACCUCAGACAUAUCUUCGGCGAGGCGCCACUAUAGCAGUGCCAUAUCCGUCGACGACCGUCGCGGCGCCCGGUGGCAUGAGUCCAUAUCCACCGCUUCCACCGCCACCGUCGCACGUCUUUUCAGAGAGCUCUCCAUUUAUCACACCACCAAAGCAACGUCGAUCGCCAUUUCGAUCACCCUCGUUCUCCAAAUCACCCACAAAUAUCAGUGCUCGUCGUCAUGCUCAGCGGUCGCCCACAAGGACCGUGACCGAUUACAGCCACAGCGGACGAAAGUCAAUCCAUAAAUCAGGACCGAUCAGGGACAGCGGAGUACAAGAACCUCUUCCAGUGCCUAGAACUAGGUCGGCUUCCAGGCCUCCACGCACGCCCAAGACUCCCAAAACGCCAACCGGCGGUGGACCAGUGAUGGAUUUUGUGAAUUUCACACCCAAGGACUCUGCAAAAUUGCUAAGUGACGUCGCGCCGAGCGGAAGUUCGAAGACGAGAGCUCGGAGAGAGAUGGAGGCGCGGGAGAAACGAAAGAAAUUGAGUGAAGCGGCAUUGAAGGCGGUAAAAGUUGCGGGUGGAGAUGUUGCGGCCUUUGAGAAGGCGAUAUUCACAUAG